AUGGAGCUAAUCCAGGACACCUCCCGCCCACCCCUGGUGCACGUACAGGGGAUCCCACUCAUCAAGUACUUUGCAGAGGCCCUGGGGCCACUGGAGAACUUGCAAGUCUUGCCAGAUGACCUGCUUAUCAGUACCUACCCCAAAUCUGGCACCACCUGGGUGAGCGAGAUCCUGGACAUGAUCUACCAGAACGGCAAUCUGGAGAAGUGUCGCCGGGCCCCGAUCUUCAUCCGGGUGCCUUUCCUCGAGUUCAGGGUCCCAGGGUUUCCCUCAGGCAUGCAGACACUGGAGGAUACACCAGCCCCCCGGCUCCUCAAGACGCACUUGCCUCUGGCCCUGAUCCCCCAGACUCUGCUGGAUCACAAGGUCAAAGUGAUCUAUGUUGCUCGCAAUGCCAAGGAUGUGGCUGUCUCCUACUACCACUUCUACCAAAUGGCCAAAGUGCACCCUGAUCCUGGCACCUGGGACAGCUUCCUGGAAAAGUUCAUGGCUGGGCAAGUGUCCUAUGGGUCCUGGUACCAGCACGUGCAGGAGUGGUGGGAGCUGCAACACACCCACCCUGUUCUCUAUCUCUUCUAUGAGGACAUGAAGGAGGACCCCAAAAGGGAGAUUAGAAAGAUCUUGGAAUUUGUGGGGCGCUCGCUGCCUGAGAAGACCGUAGACCUGAUCGUCAAGCACACGUCUUUCAAGGCGAUGAAGGGGAACCCCAUGGCUAACUACAGCACUCUGCCCCCUGACAUCAUGGACCACAACAUUUCCGCCUUCAUGAGGAAAGGCAUCACGGGGGACUGGAAAAGCACCUUCACCGUGGCCCAGAACGAGCGCUUUGAUGCCCACUAUGCUGAGAAGAUGGCAGGCUCAAAGCUCAGCUUCCGUUUACAGCUGUGA